AUGAAUCCAGUGUACAUGCGGAUUGUGUGUUCCAUUGUUUUAUUAUUACUGUUCGACAUCGAUGCGGUCGACAGCCGGCUGGAGUUUACAAAUAUAAAAUGCACCGCCCUGGAUAGAAAAUUCGUAGACUUCGAAGAGUGCUAUCUGAAAGCCGCGAAUCGAACCUAUAAAUACAUUUCAAUCAAUGCUGUUCUUCACCAGAAACCAGUUACCCAAUUUAAGGUAAACUUUGCACUGUAUAAACGCUCCAAUGGCCUGCAACCGAUCAACUAUAACACGACUAUGGACGGCUGUAAGGUAUUCGACAACGAGAAGAAUCCGGUGAAUACAUUUCUAUUUGGCUUGUUCAAGACGUACUCCAACAUCAACCAUACGUGUCCCUACAAUGCAAGUAUCUUAUGA